ACCACACACAGUACCAUAUACUCGUGAGUCAUGCCUUUGGUUUGGGUGCCCGUUGGCGGCAAAUCGGCGAUUGCAGCUCGAAAUCGCCCUCCAGCUGCCAUCGCUGCCGCCGCCGCUGUGCCUGGAUCGCCGCGGGAUAGGAAAUGGAAGUUUUUGGAGGAUUUGAGCGCGCCAGUGCCGAGUUUCUUGGAGAAUCUCAAGCUCGUCUGUGCCGCUGGAACAGGAAAGAAGUUUCACGUAAUCCGCCGCGAGCUGACCAAGGCACUGGAGAACUCCCCAGCGCCGGGGCCAUGCACAUUCAUCGCGCGCUGCAUCGACGCGCUACUCCGCCUCGAGGAUCCAUCCGACCAGACCCUCGGUCACCUCAUCACUCGCUCGCUCGACGAGCUGGACGAAUCCUUCAAGUCGGACUCGCAAGACAUCUCCUGCUCCAAAAGAGUAGCCGCCAAGCUCGUCAAGUCGGCCAUGUCCGGCGAUCUCACGCUUGACGAGCGAUUGCUCGUGAGGCUGGUGACCACUUUCGGAGUAGAGUUAUCUGAUCUUGCCGAGGCCGAUCAAGACGAAGAACACGACUGCUCUUGCAUGGACGAGAAAAAAGAAAGUUCCAUCAGCGAAGCGAGAAAGCUGGGCGAGAACCUUGUGCUUAAGCUGGUGAAGGGGCGAUCUUACAACAGCGCGGUGGCUCUCCUCAAGAGCUUUGGGCUGGAGGAGUGCACGGGGCGAGAGUUUCUCGUCACCAUGGUACGUGAUAACCAGGUGGACUUGGCGGGGCAAUGGGCCUGGCACUUGGGGCCCGAGAGCUGCCGCUUCCUCGUCCAGCAUUGCACAGACAGGAAGCUCUUCAAGAUGGCGUACAGGCUCGUCGACCGCUAUGGCAUGCAUGACGAGUUUCCAGAGGCGUAUCACCUUUACAAACGCAGCUCGCUCAGGAAACUUGUCUCCAAAGGCCUGUGGGUUUUUGCGGAGAGCAUUGCUAGCUCGGACCGUGUUCUACAGGAAUACCUGAUUUCUUUGGCACUGGGAAGGAAACAACACAAUCGAGCUGCGCAGUUUUGCGAGCUGUUCCACCUUGACGAUCUCGACUUAUCUUCAAUCACAAUUGAAAUACUAGAAGAAGAUCAGGUUGGCGACUACAUUCAGCUCGAGAGCAUCGUCGACUUGGACAGAGUCGUAUGGGUUGAUGAUGCCGAAGGCACGAAGCUCGUCACCAAGCAUCUCAUCGAAGCUGAGGCGAUUGGAAUCGACUGCGAGUGGAAACCAGUGAGCACCAAAGGCGAGCAAGCUAAGGUAUCCAUCUUACAAAUGGCCAGCAAGGAAGACGCCUUCGUGCUCGAUUUACUCGGACUGUCCGUCACAGCACCCCAAGCUUUAAAUCUUUGCAUCAGCACCCUUUUCCAAUCAGAGGAAAUCAUAAAGCUCGGUACGUCUCCAUCGCUUUUUCUAAGUGUUUCUCUUUCUCUCGCUUCACUCACAGGCUAUGCCGUACACAAUGACUUGGAGAUGCUAGCAGAGUCGUUUCCGGAAGUGGACGGUUUCAGGUCUUGUAAAACGAUAAUUGACCUGCAAGUUUUUCCUGACAAGCUUUCGGCGGGAGGACUCUCUGGACUAACGAAGUUGACGAUGGGAGGCCAUCUUGACAAAGACGUGCGUAUGACUGAUUGGAACCAGCGUCCACUCUGCAAAGAACAGUUGCAUUACGCAGCAUUGGAUGCAGCGAUUCUACCCUUGAUCCACGAGAGCUUGUGUUCGUCGCACUGCCUAAAGGAUCAAGGACGCAGCCGAGCCAAAUCAUGGAAAUAUAGAUUCAAAGCUAUGGUCGAUUCCUCGAGAGCAGCAGUGGAUCAAGUGAAGAACGAGCUCCAAGAGCUAGCUCUUGCAGCUGGAUUGCCGCGGCCGAUUUACAACACUGUUUUCUCAGGGCCGGAUCACUCCAGGAAGUUCUCCUCCACCGUCACUGUUGCUGGCCGGAUCAUCCAAGGAAGCCCCGCGAGCAAAAAAAAAGAGUCGGAAGUCUUGGCAGCGAAAGUGGCGAUCGCGUUAAUUCACGAAGGAAUUCUUACCACUGAUGAAAGUGUAGUAACUAGUCAAAUAGAAAAUUCCAACGGCUGCGAUUGAGACUGGGAAAGUUAAAAGGUAGAGAUACCACUACUAUUUGCUUUA